CAUAAAAUUUUUUAUUUUUAGAUUUAAAAAAAAAAAAAAAAUGUUUUUUUUGAAUGACCAGCAGAAAGAACAGUUAUCUUUGCUUAAACAAGUUGACGAAGGCAUUGCAAAAGAGUUUUGCAAGAUUGCUCUGGAUUUUUUGAAAGAAGGUACAAACCCAAAAAAGUAUAUAUUAGCUGCACAAAAACUGAACAUACAGUCAGAUCAAAUUCGUAAAAGCGUUGAAGCAAUUAUGCACGUAUUAAAUGAAUCUGCCAAACUAGAUUUAGAUGAAAUUGAUAUUAGAGAUUCAUUAAAGGAUAUUGACUUUUCAGAAGAUUUACUUGAGUUUUUUGUAGAAUCUUAUUUAACAAACAAAAAUGAUAUACGAAAUAUAUUACGUGAUAUGUCGAUUGGUUUACCAAGAUAUACAAAUCUUGAAUGGCGUUUUGACAUAGUUAUAUCAAGUCGAAUGCUUAAACAGCAAACAACUCCUGAGAUUUUGCUCAAAUUAUUUACAAGUGAUAGUAUGAAUAUGACAGAAGCAAAGAUUUUAAAAACAGAUCCAGUGAACUUACAACAUUUGACAUUAGUUCUCGAAGAAGCUCUUCGUGAUCUUAAAAGUUCUCAUUGUCGCCGAAUUGCAAGAAGUAUAAAAUAAUCCCUAUUAUAUUUAUAUCAUAUAUCAAAUAAAUAUUCUAUUUUUAUAAACGAGUAGAGAAAAUCUCAAAGAUGUCUAUUCUGUAUGAUAAAAAAAUUUAUUUGAAAA